CUUCUAUGUGUGAGUCAUAUGACUGUUGACUUGAUUUGACUUUUAUUGUGCGACUGUUUGACAAUCAGUUGUUCACUGAAUACACUCUUUGAAUGACUUAUGGAUGACUUGGAGGAAGACGUCUUAACCACUCUUAAGAUACUUAUAAUCGGCGAAUCCUUUGUGGGAAAGUCGAGUUUGUUACUUCGUUUCACUGAUGACACGUUUGCCACAGAAAUGCCCGCAACUAUUGGAAUGGACUUCAAGACGACUCGCAUGCGAGUGGACUCAUCGGUGGUGUCUUUGGCCAUUUGGGACACUGCGGGCUCCGAGCGGUUCCGGGCGCUGACCCCGAACUUCUACCGCGGCUCUCACGGUGUGAUUGUGGUGUUUGAUGUGACCCAAAGAUCUACAUUCGACCGAUUGGACAAUUGGCUCAAAGAAGUGGACGCCUACUGCACGCACUCGGAUGUCGUCAAGAUGUUGGUCGCCAACAAAAUCGAUAAAGAGGGCCGAGUUGUCACUCGUGAAGAGGGUCUCCAAUGGGCGCGAAGACAUCACACGCUGUUCAUCGAAGCCAGUGCUAAGACUAAGGAAGGCGUCGAAUGCGCUUUCGAGGAAUUGGUCCAAAAGAUUAUCCAAACCCCCGGCCUUUGGUCAGCAAAUGAGUCUAAUAUUCAAUUAGCGGAUCAGACGGACACCAGAAGCAGUUGGUGUCAGUCCUGGUGUCCAUAAAUAGCUAUUUUAAGACAUUUUAUUGAUAACAAUAUUCUUAUUAAAAUGAAAACAUUAUUUAAUAUAUUAUAUUCACUGUAUUAUUGAUUAAAAGCGCUUUAAUUGUAACUCAAAUA